AAAUAAUAUAUACCAUAAAGAUUGUUUUAUUAACGUUGCACGAGUGUCACUUUUGUACAUAUUUGUGAAUUGUCUCAGCCAGGUUACUCUGACGUAUCAUUCAAUGUCGAUCUUGUUUAUCACUUGCAUUUAUUUAAGCAGGUGUGGAUGAGAGGUAUCUUGAUGCUGCAGGUGCUUGCUGUGGCAUCUACAGCAAAUUUCGGCGACCGGAUCUCCCAAGAGGGUGUCCGAGCCACAGCAAGUGUCAAGGACCAGGUCAACACCGGUGGUGUAACCAUCCAGCACACGGACCCUACGAGGAGUGACCUGAAGGAGAUUACGAGAGAUAGGGUGAAUGUUAGCCUGAAGGAACACAGGGAAACUGAAGUUAAUGGUGUUUUAAAUGAGCCUAAGGAAAUUAGGAAAGUACAGCGGGGCUUGCAUAUAUACCCAGGAAAAAAGAUUUCACUCCCAACAAAUGAUUCAAGUGACGGCACAAGCUCGUGGGGCAGUGGAAGAGUUUUGCCUUCAGUGGCAGGCGGUGAAGGUGAUCAUAAAGGUCUCAAAACACCCUUGUCAGUGACCACUCGAUCGCCUCAAGGUAGCAAGUCAGUAUAUUCGUCCUCGAGGUUAGACAGACGACAGCAAACUGCGGUUCGAGCUUCUAAAUGGGGCAAGAGACGAGACCUCCCUCCACUAUCUCGGAGGAAUGAAAGCCUCGUCAUUCAAAGCUCAAAUUCAUCCAAGGAACAGAGUUCUGUCACGCAGGAUGUCCACCGUCGCUAUGGUGCUACCUUGCAGACAACCCCGGUAGUAAUUAACAUCACUAAGAGCGCUGUUCCUUUGGAAGAACACACUAAACACUUUAGAACUAUCGCCGACCACAUCAAGAGCGUUGAACACCAGGCUAACUACAAGGUUAAACAUCAGUUUAACUCAAGAGCUACAGAAGGGAGCUCAACAAGUGCAUCAACAAACUCUGAAGACUUGAUUAGUGAAAGCGUGAAAGAACGAGGACUGGAGAACUCUAGUCUCAACAGCACAGAAAACCACCAUGUCACCAGCAUUACACACGCUCACACACACAGUAAUAAUAAACAUUUUGUUCUUGAAAAUUCAGCAAGGCAUGAAAGCAGACAUAACGUGCAGGAUCGAACACACGACGCUGCAUCUACAAACAUUAGCCCUGUAUCCAGAAGCUCGGCCAAAUAUGAAUUCCCUUUAAUUAACAAAUUUAUAACGAAACAACAAAGUCCUCCGCCUCACAAGGGUCCUGGAGAUCCUAUCACCCAAGACGGGCAUGAAAUAUCAACAGCUUUUUAUCCGAAAGUUAUAACUGGAGACAACAGGAGAAAAAGUGCAAUAAUUGGAGUGAAAAAUAUAGUUUCAGUUGGUGCACCGUUAUUGACCCUGAAGGAGGCAGCCGUGCGGGAGCCUGAGGUAGUGACUCUCACCAGCACUACCAUUACCAGAGAAGACACCCAGGAACCAUACCAGAUACAAAUCGACACCAGUAAAUUCGAAACCACCAUAGAACCAUUAGCCUCCCAUAGAAUUGAAAGCUGGAUAGUAAAUACAUCAGCCGGUAGUGGUCUGGACAAUAAAGAAGUUACUUUUUAUGAAGCAUUUACCUUGCCAUCUGCACCAACAAGUGAAAGUGCAGAGGUAAAUAAGGCAGUCAAUGCACCACCGACUCUACCGCUCCAACCAAACCAAAAAAUCGUUGAAGAAAAGGAAAAUAAACAUGUGAAAGACAGAGGUGUUGAUGUUGUCGAGGGUUACACUCAGGUCUCACGCCUCACAGACUUCCUACAGAACCGCAAAAUUAUUCGAAAUCCAUACAGUAGGAGCCUGAAAGAUGAAGCUACACAUCAACACAUCUUCGAAUCUGCGAAGGCCAUAAUAAAGAAGUCAUCGCUGGAGGAAGAACAGGGAAACGCUCAAGACGAUAUCGAACCACAACUUUAUGUGCAGCCUGUCCUUUUCGACGCCCAGGCCCUCGAAUCUCACUCCUCUAGCGCCAUCCAUAGGGACGCUGAGGCACGCCAACACUCUGUCAUUCCGAAGGACACCGAGGGACAUCAGGAUCCUGUGAAGGUGCUGAAGGACAACUUACAUACUUCCGGAAAUGAGACAAAUCCUCAAAAUAGACAGUAUCUCUUAGAUCGCGUAAAUCCAAGUUACUCGACAGCAAAUUCAAAAACUGCAUCGCAACAGCACCAACCUGUUGUAGGUCUAAAAGAGCCUCGUAGAGAACAAAGUAAUGCUCCCUCAGACAAGAAGGUUGCAAAGGUACAAGCUGUGAGCAACAGGGGCCAGCCUUUCUUUGGCUCUUUCAGUGAGUUCCUCUCUGAGCACAACAUAACGCACGAGACUUUGGGCAAGCAAGGACACGAGCAGGAAGGAGAAAGAAGUCCUGAUAGCUACUACAACGCAGAAAACCGCCAGACAAUCACCGAGCAGAGCAGAAGUUUUGGCACUCAGAGAAUCAACCCUCCCUCUCAGGAAACAAAGUUUUUGAAGCAUCGUGAUGAUGGGAAUCACCUGAGUCAGAUGAAUCAUCGGUUCCAGCAAGAUGAUCAGGCGAAUCACCGGCUCCAGCAAGACGGACAGACGAAUCGUCAGCUGCAACAAGGUAGUCAGGCGGAUCAUCAUCUGCGACAGGAGAGUCAGUCGAAUCAUCAGCUGCAACAAGAGAGUCAGGCGAAUCAUCAGCUACAUCACGAAAGUCAGGCGAAUCAUCAGCUGCGACAGGAGAGUCAGGCGAAUCAUCAGCUGCAACAAGAGAGUCAGACGAAUCAUCAUCUCCGACAGGAGAGUCAGACGAAUCAUCAUCAGCGACAGGAAAGUCAGGCGAAUCAUCAGCUACACCACGAAAGUCAGGCGAAUCCAAGACAGCACGAGAAUCAAUCAGUUCGAUUAUCUCAGCAGCAUAGCCAACAGAGGCAGCGAUAUCAACAACAAAAUAAUUCGAGGAGGCCAGCUGAACAGGAAAUCCAUCCAAAAGGUAGACUGCAGCAUCAUAGGUUUACAGCAGGGCGCCCUGUACAGUAUUUACAAUCGGACCAAAGAUCACUGCCUAACGGUCAGCCAACACAAAGACGACCACCAGUCACUCUUACUCAUCAAGCACACACGCUGAAUACACGACCUAAUCAUGAAUCACCUACCAGUAUAGGCGUGAAUCAUGGAUCACCUGCCAGCAUAGGCGUAAAUCAUGGCCCUCCACAAAAUUUGCAGUUUAACCAACUCCCAGUGCAAAUUAUACGUCAUAAUCAAGGUCCACCGAGAGGCAUACGUCAGAAUCAAGGUCAACCAAGAGAUAUACGUCAGAAUCAAGGCCCAUCUAGAGAUAUACAUCAUAAGCAAGGUCCACCGAGAGAUAUACGUCAGAAUCAAGGUCCACCGAGAGAUAUACGUCAGAAUCAAGGUCCACCGAUUGGUAUAAGUCAGAAUCAAGAACCAUUGAAAAUUACUCACUUGAAUAAAGGGCAACAUUUGAAAAGACCAGAAAACAGUUUUGACGCGCAAAUAAUUCCAGCUGAAGUUUCUCAAGUAAGAACAAACCUGGAAGAAUAUGUUGCUCACACAGAUCAAAGAGAAGAUCCUCGCAGUGAUCACGAGGACCUGCAGGUACGAGCGAUUAACGAAUCCUUAAUCAGUCCCGACCGACCUCCUCCACCUUCACUCUCAAGUUUUAGCAAAGAAAGAACACAGGACGAUUUCCCAAACGCUUUCUUUAAUUCUCCAUUGCUAGACGUUCAUCAUGAGACGCCAACACACAAUACCUCUCCACCUCCUCCAGCUCUGUUAUCGUCCGGUUCAUCAUCUUCUAAAGAACCUGAUCUGUUUCAAAACCUUCUACUUCCUGACCCUUUGCAUCAAAAUUCAAGAGAGUCGCCCCAGGAAGGUGAUGUGACAAGUGGUUCUUUGUUUUUGCCUGAUAGGCUCACCGCUCCUCUUGUUUCAUUCACUCUACUCGCGCAAGAAAAUUCCCCAAAGGAGAGUUUAGAUGGUGAUAACAUAAGUGAGAGUCUUCCUUCCUUUGAUGAGUCAGGUCCCAGCUCCCUGUUACAACCACACAAGGGAAUAUUUGAUCCACAGAAUCAAGACUCUGCGAGAGUGAGAGAUGAACUUCCCUUCGUGGGCCACAAUAGCUUCCAGGCUCUCACAACUUACAAACAUCAAGAAAAAACGAAUGAGCUGCUACCAGUCAGUGGUAUAAUUCUGGCGGAGGGAAAACCCCACCAGGCAACCUCAGACUCUGUUACAACUUCACUGCCAAAUAUUGCACUUCCUCUCCGAGUACCUAAUUUUCACCCAACAUCUCAGCCUUUGGUAUCACCUGUUUCGUUCUUCUUUCCUUCUGAAAUUCCAAAUCUGCAACCUUACAUACCCGAGCCGCCUCAGUUCCCAACCGUUAUUGCUGCUCAAAGAAUAAAUCAAACACAGGUUCCGGUCCGACAGGCUCUGACCAACGCCACACCCUUUGUCACUGCCCAAAUCAGUGGCGGACACUCACAGGUGCACAUCAACACUCCCAGUAGGGAAGUGACGGUGUUUUCUCCGGUAAACAUAUUUCACAGAGACCCAGCUAGUGAAAGCAAUGCUUCCAUAAAGUUUCCUGGAAAAAAGCAACAUGCUGGACGAAAAGUUAAUCCUCUUUCUCUUCUGGGAAGCAGAGAAGCUCGAUUUGUAAGUGAUAACAGAAGACCUCAAGAAGGCGGCAAUGACAACAUACCACAUUUCACACUGAGUAAUACGCCAUCCUUCCAGGAAAUCAGACCUUUUGAAUUUCCUGAAUACCAUGAUGGUCAAAGCCCAAAAAAUCUCCAAAGCAAUCUUCCCCAGUCACCGAAAGAUCAAAGAAAACAGCAUGAACAGCCACGUCCUCCGCAGCGCUUCCUGACACCUCGUGAACACACUAAAGCACCAGCAUUUAAGGUUAUCAAAUUCGAAAAUGAUGAACCUCUAAGAAUACAACAGCAUGGAAAUGGAAAUGAUCAGUCUCUUCAGGCAGAUACGAGAGUUCGACCUGUUGAUCAUUAUGACUCCGGUGCUCAACGUCUCAAUCUGGCCAUGUCUCAUGUUAAUACGAGAGAAAAUGGAAAUUUCCUGCAGUCUGCAUCCAGCGCCGGUUCCUUGAGAGGCCAUCAGCACUCUCCAGACAACACACCACCUCAGAACUUCCAACAUUUCAAUCUGCUUCCGCACAGGUUUUCCCCUCACCCCUCUGAUCCAGGACGUCACGAAGGGUCCUCUCCCCAACCUCUUUCUCUUUCUCCACAUACACCCCCGCCUUCCCUUUUUCCGCAUCCGUCAUCUUCUUUUCCUCCACAUCCACCACCUACCCUUCCUCCAAAUCCACCGCCUACCCUUCCUCCACCUCCACCACCUACUCUUCCUCCACAUCCACCACCUACCCUUCCUCCACAUCCGCCACCUCCUUUUCCUCAACAUCCACCAUCUCCUUUUUUUCCUCCACAUCAACCAGCUCCUUAUCCUCCACCUAAUUUCCAUUCAUCAGGGAUCAUUAAUCCUGGCCGUCCACGUCUUCAGCGCCACCCUCACCGCCUCUCCCAUGAGAGGAUCCCGCCCCCUUUCUUACCUCCUGCUGCAUCCAACAUCAUCUUACUUCAUCCGAACCAAAUUCGCAGCCAAAGACCUUUACACCUUUCACCACUCCGCGAAAACUACCUUAGACCUCCUCCGAGCGUCCUGAAAAACCAUCUUCACCAUACUGCCAUUCCUUUUAAUGUCCCAGAGAGUGGCGGCCCUAACGAUCCUUCCUUGACCAGCUUCCCUACUGCAGAGCACAUAUUCUCACAGCUCCAGGAACCUCAUGCAGAGCACACACCUUCCCUCCAGGAAACUCAUGCAGAGUACACACCUUCCCUCCAGGAACCUCUUGCAGAGUACACACCCAUCCCUCAGGAGCCAACCAUCAGAGGCGUUCGUUUCCCGUCGGGUAACGAGAUCGAGAAGGACUUCCGGCCGAUGCACGAGGUAUCGCAGCCUCUUCCCGAACCUCUGAACGGCCAGGAAUCCAAGGUUUCUGAGAGUCACGUCAGGCUGAUGGAGAACAUGAGGUAUGGGGUGAAUGGGGAGCCACUGGACGUAUGGAUCCCCAUUGAUAGCAUACAUGGUGAGUAUUUCCAGUAGGUUAAGAUCUCACACAUCCUCAGUCUGAAAAACCAAAUAGAAAAUAUAACUUGCUGCAUAUUGUAGAUAGCAUUUCAUUAAUUAUUAAAACCGUGUGGGUAAUGUAGAGCAAGGAAUAGUGAAGGCUCGAUCGCCCGUUAACCUCGACCCGCUCUUUCUGACCAGUCACACUGUUAGUGAUAACAUGCUGCAGACAUGUACUACAUUGUCUUGCAAAUAGUUUUCUCCCCCCCUAACAGGUUUAGUUCUCUCCUUCAGUAUAAUUACAUUACUAGAAAUAAAGCCCAGACGUUCCGGGGGUCAACGCCCCCACGGUCCAGUCCAUCACCAGGACUCGGUGGAUUAGGUCCUGAUCAACCAAGAUGUUACUGCUGGCCGCACUGAACAAAUAUAUUUAAUAAAAAAUUAAUUUAUGAUUAAGUUACUUUAACUUAGUAACUGUCGUGUAUGUUAAUAACUGGAAUGCAACAAUUAUAUAUUGGCGAGAACCAACAACCAAAGAUCCCAGAAAGGUAUCCCGCACAGAUAAUUUUUACUCUCCCCACCCUCCUAGGGUAAAUCAUGGUGUUUACAGCCUGAUACAGUAGACUGUGCCACUGAUUGUGUACAACCAGUCGCAAAUAUAAUACAGUUACUCGGAAGUGUGUUUACGUAAUUAGAUUCUGGCGAGUUUACUUCAUAUUUUUUAAACUUAUAAAUCCAAAAUUGGGUACUGCUGAACUACUAACAGUUCGUGUGGUAAGAACACUCAGUAUUAACUGAAAUCUGUGAUCAUUGCAGUUCCAUGGUUACGACGAGGAUCCCCGAGAUACAACGAGCCUCUGCAAUACGACACAUCACUUGACCUUAAUAGUAAACAAGACAAAUCACUCGAUCUUACUAGCAAACAAGACAAAUCACUCGAUCUUACUAGCAAACAAGACAGAUCACUCGACUUUACUAGCAAGCAAGACAAAUCACUCGAUCUUAUUAGCAAACAAGAAAAAUCAAUCGAUCUUACUGCCAAACAAGACAAAUCAAUCGACCUUACUAGCAAGCAAAUCAAAUCUCUCGACCUUACUAGCACACAAGACAAAUCACUCAACCUUAAUAGCACACAAGACAUCACUCAACCUUACUAGCACACAAGACAAAUCUCUCGACCUUACUAGCAAACGAGACAAAUCACUCGACCUUACUAGCAAACAAGACAAAUCACUCGACCUUACUACCAAACAAGACAAAUCACUCGACCUUACUAGCAUACAAGACGAUAAAUCAUUCGACCUUAUGAACCAACAAGAAUUACAGAAUGACAAACAGGCCACCUCAGGACAGUGUACAACAAGCAACCGAUAUUAAUUUUAAAUCCUUAGGGACUGAGCUUUCUAAUUUGAGAGCUAACGACAGCUUAGGGAAGACAAAAUUACCUACCCACAAACAAUAAGAAAGGAUUCCCCAAGUCAAGCUGCCAUAUACUGAUGUAUUCACUUUGUAACUGCGAGGGGGUCGAAUCUCGGUUCUUGACGGUCACAUGCUGAUGCUCACAUUACGGCCUGUAUCAUACCUGCUCUCGAAGUUGUGCAUGGAAUCUGGUAAGAGGAGUCCCCCAAAACAGCUCUCAGUACAAUGGCCCGGGUCGAGACCAUACCGCGAACCACAUCGAACUCAACCUCGGUAUAAUGUACAUAAUGUUGGCACAGCGGUAAUGAUAUAAGGUUGGUUAAUGGGGAUUAAAGCCUAUCAACUACACUAGGAUCAUUAAGGCUGUACAUACCAUUCUCAC